CCCAACUGGACCUGUGGAUGAGCAGUGCUCUAGUCCCGCUCCCCAGCUCAACUCAUAAAUGCCCGGAAAUAGUUAUAAGGCGCUGUCGCUCACUUUUUGACAAACAAAACUACUCUGCCAUGGCUCUGUCUGUGCGGAAUACAUAAAGGCUCUGCCUUGAAUUAAUCACUCGCUCUUUUAUGGAUCUUUGAUGAUCGCGCUUGACGCAGCGAGGAGCUGCAGCUCUUUGUAUUCCGAGGCCAAGAGGAACCUUGUGUGUGUGUGCGCGCGUUUAGUUUUUGUUGUUGUUGUUGUGUGUGUGUGUGAGUGUGUUUUUUACCCUCGUCCGAUAUCUGCUGCCUCUUUGAAAAUGUCAAGGGGGUACAUGGUGACAUAGGGACCCCGGUUUGGUUACGGAGAGACUCUUGCUUCGCUCUGCGAAAGAGGGACAGGCCAGCUACUGAUGGUGGAUCUCAGACAUGCAUGUGAUCACUAGAAAGUUUAACCGGGGGUGUACCUCUGGGCCUAUAAAUGAGACUAAAAUGGUGGAAGAGAAGAAAAGACAAGAGGAUGAAAGCCAUCUACAAUGCUCUACCCUGGGGAAAUAAGCACAGGCCAUUUUGAAUUGGUGAAAGACUAAGACCCAGCUCAAACACUCCACUGGUGUGAAAACUUCUCCAUUGGAGACUUAACCUGCAAAUGUAUAAGCUAUGGUCAGCGGGUUUAAUAAGGGGCUGACAUAUUAGUGCAGAACACCCCAACUCAUAUGAAAUAAUUCUCUGGACCAGAGACUGGACAUUUUUAUCCCUUGGCUAAAGGGAAAGGGUUUAUUACCCUGUUAAAUACUGUGAGGCUCCAUCCAGCCUAGUUCAAACUCAAGUGGCACCCCAAGCCGCUACCAACUGGCAUUGCUCAUGGCUUCCAGGAGGGCAUCAGGAGCUAGUAAAGGAGAUAUGUGGAAGAGUGCCUUCUUCUGGUCUUUGGCCAUAAUCUAUCUGACUCACAUAAGUGGAGUGAGGGGGGAUUGCUGGCUCAUAGAAGGUGAAAAGGGCUUUGUAUGGCUCGCCAUUUGCAGCCAAAACCAGCCACCCUAUGAGGCCAUCCCUCAGCAUAUCAACAGCACCAUAGUGGACCUUCGAUUGAAUGAGAACAAGAUCAAGAGCAUCCACUACUCUGCCCUUAGCCGCUUUACCAACCUCACAUACCUGAAUAUGACCAAGAAUGAGAUUAAUUACAUUGAGGAUGGUGCUUUUUCAGCCCAGUUCAACUUGCAGGUUCUCCAGUUGGGUUUUAAUAAGUUACGUAACUUAACUGAAGGGAUUCUCAGGGGUUUGGGAAAGCUGCAGUACCUCUACCUCCAGGCCAACCUGAUUGAGACUGUGACACCCAAUGCCUUCUGGGAGUGCCCAAACAUAGAAAACAUUGACCUUUCUAUGAAUCGCAUCCAGGUGCUUGAUAGGUCCACCUUCACCAGCCUGACAAAGCUGACCACCUGUGAACUCUACACCAAUCCUUUCAACUGCUCCUGUGAGCUCUUGGGGUUUGUCAAGUGGCUCUCUGUCUUUCCCAACAGGACAAGUGAACGGAUGGUGUGUGAUUCUCCUGCAGGAGUCUCGGGCUACAGUCUCCUAAGUCAGAAUCCGAACAAUCCCACAUACCGGAAUGCUCUGCAUAUGCUGUCCACUGUGUGCACGGAGGACUACACGACUUCGUACAUCGCUGUGCCUACUGAGACCACCACUUACCCUCCAGACUCUACACCAUGUGGGCUGGAAGACUGUCCCUCAGGGACUGAGCCAGAGGAAAUCAGCAUCAGUCCCACGUACAUAGACUUAGAUGUGAAACCAAUCAUGAAACUUAAGCAAGUGUCUCACACGAACGCAGUAAUCACUGUUCAGAUCCCUUACCCCUACAAGAAGAUGUACAUCCUUGUCCUGUACAAUAACAGCUUCUUCACUGUUAUACAGAAUCUGAAGCGACAGAAGGAGGACAUUGAACUGAAAAACCUAAAACCCCACACCGAUUACACCUACUGUGUGGCUUCCAUAAGAAACUCAUUGCGUUUCAAUCAUACUUGUUUAACACUAUCCACAGGGCAUAGGAAUGGAAAAGAGCGAGCAACUAGUAAUGCAACAGCCACUCACUACAUAAUGACUAUCAUAGGAUGUCUUUUCGGUAUGGUAAUUGUUUUAGGGAUAGUGUACUAUUGCUUGCGAAAAAAGAGACAACAAGAUGAAAAGCACAAAAAGGCAGGAAGCUUAAAGAAGAGCAUAAUUGAGCUUAAAUAUGGUGGUGAGCUAGAGGGUGGGACGAUAUCAAGGCUGUCUCAAAAGCAAAUGAUGGCUGGGGAGAGCAUGACCCGCAUGCCCUAUCUACCUUCCGGCAGUGGAAUGGAGCAAUACAAACUUCAAGACAUUAGUGACACUCCAAAAAUGGCCAAAGGAAAUUACAUGGAAGUGAGAACAGGGGAACACCUAGAUCGAAGGGAAUGUGAGAUGUCUAUGCCUGGCAACAGCCAAGGCUCAGUUCCCGAGAUAUCGACAAUCGCAAAGGAAGUAGACAAGGUAAACCAGAUUAUUACCAAUUGUAUAGAUGCUCUGAAAUCAGAGUCCACCUCCUUCCAAGGGGUGAAAUCUGGUGCUGUUUCAACAGCUGAACCUCAACUGGUACUGAUCUCAGAGCAGCCUCAGAGCAAGUCUGGCUUCCUGUCACCUGUCUACAAGGACAGCUACCACCACUCUUUACAAAGACAUCACGCAUCAGAUGCUUCUCCGAAGCGUCCGAGUACAGCAACUGGUGGUCCACUGCGGAGUCCAAGGCCUUACCGCUCAGAGGGGCCCUACAAGUCAGAGUCAAAGUACAUUGAGAAAACUUCACCCACAGGGGAAACUAUUUUGACUAUCACACCCACAGCUGCGAUACUAAGGGCAGAGGCGGAGAAGAUCCGUCAGUAUAGUGAGCAUCGGCACUCCUACCCCGACGCCCACCAAAUUGAAGAGUUGGAAGAACCAGAUAGUCGGAAAACGUCCAUUUUGGAGCCCCUGACACGGCCUCGUGCCAGAGACUUGGCUUACUCGCAGCUCUCUCCCCAAUACCACAAUCUCAGUUACUCGUCUAGUCCUGAGUACUACAGCAAACCAUCACACAGCAUCUGGGAGCGCUUUAAACUCCAUCGCAAGCGACACAAAAAUGAGGAGUACAUGGCUGCAGGUCAUGCUCUGAGGAAAAAAGUGCAGUUUGCUAAGGAUGAAGAUCUUCAUGACAUUCUAGAUUACUGGAAGGGAGUGUCAGCCCAACAAAAAUCUUAAACUACUCAAAUGUUUGUCUGUGUUUUUUUGAAGGACCACAAUAAACAGGACCAGAAGGAAUCCUUAAUCUAGUGAAAUCACGUUCUAAUGGAUAAAUAUUAAACUACAGUGAAUUUCAAUUUAGGGAAAAAGGUUUGUGUACCAAAAUUAAAAGAUGUUACUUAAAGCAACAAGGGGAGAAUAUAUUGCAAAUAUAAAAUAUAUAUGUUGAAAUGGAUUUUUAGUAUUUGAUUACCGCAUGGCCAAGUCCUGUGACAGUGGAUUUGCUGUUGUGUACUGUGAGACUAAAAAGAAUCCAACAGUGACAGACAAUUUCUGAAAUCUUACUAUUUCUUCUGCAGGACCACUGUAAUUUAUGGACCAUUUUUCUCCCAAUAUUUGAGUUUGUUCUAAAUACAAAUGAACUAUGUACAGAUACUGUUUCUAUAUUUGCAACGUUCGCUGUUAAAAAUGGAGAAAAAAUAUCUAUAAUGUGAAUGAUUCAGGUUUAGACCAUGGAUUUUGGAGUUAGCUCCUGUGAUAUUAUCUGUCCUUAAAUGAAUGUUUACCGUCCUGAUGGAUAAACAUUGCACUGGUCAAUGAAAUGGCAUAUUUUCUUUUAGGCCACAGUUUACGCUACCCUGCUUUGCCAAUUUUUAAUCCAUACCACUAAUCGGACCGCACAAUAUUACACCAAGGCUGAAAUAAUGUUAUAUUUGUGUGUCAUAACCACAAAGUGAAUCCGUUUGGUUGGGAUGGUUUAGAAACAUCUGCAUACAUGAUUGCAGUGUCAAAGUGGAACAAAAUGAAAAAUGGAACAGUAGAGCAUUUUGAUACACAUUUAGUAGUUAUGUCUGAUAUGUUUACCAGUAAAGCGCUCCACAAAACAUGCACUUCUGCUUUGACCUUACGAUGCCUAAUAGUAGUGAGGGGUUAUCUAAUCGUGAACCAAAGUGCUUGGGUGGCAGCUCAUUACACAUUUUUCUGCAGAUGUUUCCACCAAUCUCGAGCCAACAGCCCUAUGGAUGAAUGUAUCACAUACAUAAAUCAGCCUUUUCAGCUGCAGUUUCUUUGUUGUUGUUGUUUUUACAAUCACAUAAUUCCCAUUUUUCA